CUAGUCGUUGUGUAGCCCUAAAUUGCGGCGUCGUUUGAAAGAAACUGUAAACUAUUACUAAUACCAGCACAAGCAAUAAACGGAACGCACAAAACGCAAUAGGAAAGGAAUUCAAACAAACGCAGCAAUCGCCUUUUGAACAUACAAGUGCCUGUUUCGGCCAGUGCCUGACUUUCUUGUGUUCUGCUUUUGACGCCCGCAAGCCAUGACACUGCCGCGCUCGGAGACGCCGCUGCGUCGGUCCGCGGUGGGCAGCUACCGUGAGAGUAUGGCCCGGGAGGUGACCAUGGUCAACGAUGACGAAGCGGAGCGACAGGAGGCCCGACGACGCACACUGAUUCAGCAGCAGCAGAAGCGCCAGAGCACGCUGGAGUCUAUCGAGGACAAUGAGACCAUUCGCUCCUGCCUGGAAAUCUACAACGGCAACAAGCUGAGCAAAGACAACGCCUGGAGCCUGACGCUCAUCGACUCCCUGGCCAAUCUGCUCGAUCAUCAUCACAAGCGGAUGAGCAACUUCAAGAUGGCCGGGUCCUCGCUGGAGGCGUCUUCAAAGGUCUAUGGCCUGCGUGUGGACUCCAUCUACAUGGAUGCCAUGCGCAUUUCGGCCGGUUUGAGUGCCCGCACGCUUACGGACAAGCAACUGGAGGAUGCCGAGGAUGAGGGUCCGGAAUCUGGGCAAGCGGAUGGCGGUAGAGAUGAAGAGGCUGGGAGGGUCCAAAAAGAGGCGGCUCCCAAACCGAAGAAACAGAAAAAGAACGUGUCCACGGUGACCAAAAACAAGGAUACGCUGAACGCUAGAUUGGACUCGGCGCCACUGCAGGAUCCGGUGUUUGGAAAGCUGAACUCCACUGUGGGGUCCAUUAAUGCUUCGAACCGCCUGAUGCACAACAUCCUGCCCAGUUUGGACUCUGAGCUGAGGCUGCGCACCACCUAUAUGUUCUGGGAUGGCGACGAAGAGCCAACCGAGGAGGUGAAGGACCACACCACAGCAAAUGCGAGUGAGGAAGCACAGCAGUGGCCCAGUGAGUCGCUGAUGAGCGCGGAUUGGGUGCAAGAUCUUCUGCCCGAUGUCGAUGAAUUGGUUCUGCGGCCUCUCCACACUGGCUAUAUCAUCACAAGUGAUCCUAAUCCGCGGGCUCCUACCGAGAAACCAACAGAUCCCGUUGCGGAUGAAGAAGAUAACCGCGACUUCGAUCUUGAUGGCGCCGACGAUCUGUGCCCCCAUCCCAAUGAGCUUUCCAUGGCCUUCGACAUCAAUGGUGAGUGUGAACCCAUGCCGGACUUGGACGGGCAACCACCAUUGGUGCUUGAGGUGGACUGCAAUGAGCUGGAUGAGCUCACCACGGAAGAGCAAGUGGUGAUCAACAAUUGUCGCCGUUUGCGUAAGCAGGCAGAGUUUAUCGAGGAUCUGCGGCCGGUUGAUGGCACCUCCAAGCUGGAGUAUUCAUAUCGGCCGAUGGCCGAGCAGAUCUCCCAGUUCUGGGCAGGACCCUCGCACUGGAAGUUCAAACGCACGCGCCAGCGUAGCACUCUUUUCCAGACCAAUGCCCAGACGGACCCACAGUCAGUCCCGGCUAGUCAACGGCCAAAGAAGUCGGCUCAGUUGGCCGCCAAGCGAAGGGCCAAGGAAGUGGCCUAUGGAAAGUUUACAGAAAACUUGUUUCAGACUCUGGAUGCGAGUAUAAAGCUGCGCAAGGUAAAUUUCCAGAAGAAGUGGGAUGCUCGCAAAUUGGUGCUACCCACAAAGUUCAACAUUGAUCCGGACUACUUCUUCAAAUAUGACUCGGCGCCGAGUAUAAAGUUGUCUCGACACUGUGGCAAACCGGACUCGGACGAGGGCGAAGAUCUGGGCAUGGAUAUGGAUGAUGCGGGCCCGCACCAUGGCGAUGGCGAUGACAAUGAUCCCGAUCUAUUGGGCAACGAGCACUUUACCGCGGCAGUUCCGGCCAAUGUGAGUGUUAUGCCGGCUAUGGGAGACGAGGCCUGUCUCGGCGAAGGAUUGAUGGAUGUGGAUCCUAGUCAGCUUAAUGCUAGCAUGAGGGACGCCUGCAAUAACACAGUGUUCGAGAUUGGCACAGAGUUUGAGGGGGCGCCUACGCAGGUCACCAAAGUCAUUGUUCCCUUUGCGAAGCGUGCCAAGGUAAUAGACAUGAAGAAUCUGAAAAAGUGCUGCAAUUCGCUGAUUCAGAAACAACUUCUAAACGUUGUGCCGGAGGAGAUGAUACCCUCGCAUCCAGUGCCAAAGGACGAGAGCUACUCUAAAGGUAUGGCUAGUUUCAAUGAGGUCUACUCCAAGCUGCCCAAUCUGCUGACCACCAAAAUGUCAGAUUCGCUGUCCACGUCGGUUGCCUUUUAUGCGGUUCUGCAUUUGGCCAACGACAUGAAGCUGCGUCUUAUUCCACAGAAGAACUUGGAGGAUUUCCAAAUACGACAAGUCCUGGACUAAAUAACGUUUACAUGAGCUUAGUGUAAUAGUUUUCAUUUGCAUUUUAUCAUUGUCGAACUCCCAGUUAUUUACAAAUCUCUUAAAUGUUUAACUUGAACUCACCGACCCGUACCAGUAUUCCCGAUACAAAACCCCUCAUCAAAGUCGAAUCCUGCUUUCAUUCUAAUUUUUCUAAUGAAUAUUAAAUACUGAAUCUUAACAAUUA